ACCCACAAGAAUUGGGCACCUCAAACUCUACAGCGUAUACCUCUCUAUACCCAUACUCGAGCAACCUCCAAAAUGGCCCCUCCUCCAGUCUACAUCAUCUCGAUCGUCCGCACGCCGGUGGGCAUGUUCCAAGGCUCCCUCUCGAGUCUCACUGCAAUUCAACUGGGAUCUCACGCCAUUAAAGCCGCCGUUGAGAAAUCAGGUAUUGCGCCAGAAGAGGUCCAGGAAGUGUUCUUGGGCAAUGUUCUGUCCGCAAACCUUGGCCAAAACCCCGCCCGCCAAUGCGCUAUUGGAGCUGGUCUCUUAGAAUCCACCGUCGCUACCACCGUAAACAAAGUCUGCGCCUCGGCCAUUAAAGCCAUAAUCUUCGGUGCACAAACCAUUAUCACCGGCAAUGCCGACGUCGUCGUGGCCGGUGGCACCGAGUCCAUGUCCAACGCCCCCCACUACCUCCCCAACCUGCGCACUGGUGCCAAGUUCGGCGACCAGACCCUUGUGGACGGUAUCCUGAAGGAUGGUCUGACCGACGCAUACAAGAAGGAGCACAUGGGUCUGCAGGGCGAGGAGUGUGCCGACGACCACGGCUUUGACCGCGAGUCUCAGGACGACUACUGCAUUCGCAGCUACAAGAAGGCUGUCUCGGCCACCGAGGCCGGGCUGUUUACUGACGAGAUUACACCGGUGCAGGUCAGCGGUGGGCGGGGGAAACCUCCCAUCACCGUGGACAAGGACGACGAGCCCAAGAACUUCAACGAAGCUAAAACCAAAACACUCCGCCCCUCUUUCAAGCCCAACGGAGGAACUGUCACCGCGGCGAACGCCUCUCCCCUCUCCGACGGUGCUGCGGCACUCGUCCUCGUCUCCGAGGCCUACCUCACCAAGCACAAGCUCACCCCUAUUGCCAAGAUCCUUGGUUGGGGCGAUGCUGCGCAAAACCCAUCGAAAUUCACCACUGCACCCGCCCUUGCCAUUCCGAAAGCCCUUGCGCAUGCUGGCGUGUCUCAGGACAAGGUUGACGCGUUCGAGAUUAACGAAGCCUUCUCCGUGGUCGCACUCGCGAACAUGAAGCUAUUGGGCAUCACUGAGGACAAGGUGAACCUACACGGUGGCGCCGUAGCGCUUGGACACCCCCUCGGAGCAUCAGGGGCCAGGAUUACGGCGACGUUGCUAGGCGUGUUGAGGCAGCAGAAGAAGAAGAUCGGUGUUGCAGGUAUUUGCAACGGCGGUGGUGGAGCGAGCGCGCUCGUUGUUGAGUCGCUGGUGUAAGCUAAUACCUAGCAGAGGUGACAGACCCUCUAGCAAGAGAUUUGGUGGGUACAGGAGUCAGAUUGAAGAGGGAAAGUUUGAUAUCAUGGCAUAUGAGAGGGCGUCUUCAACAAGAUGCCUGCCUUGUUUCAAGCGAAGAGCGUGCGAGAUGCUCGCAAGCAUCUUGAAUACACAGUUUACAGAGUUAAUAUAUAUAGGAUCCUCUGGG